CAGAUUGGCCUCUCUCGGCCACCCAUUUCCCGGAUUCCGGAUUCUGCUCCUGUAGCAUGCCUAGAAUCUAUGCCAACUAGUCUACCUUCUGCCUCUUUUCAGUGCCCUCCUCCCUUGCGCAUUUGUCAGCCUUGCCAUGUAGCAUUGUCUCACACUAGUGCAGCUAAACACUUCAUGGAGUUACUCCCACUCCCAGAUAGUUCUGCCAAUCCGAAACCCUCCUUUGCUUCUGGAUCUAAGUUAAAUGUUGAGGUUAUAGAUCCGCUCCUCGAGUUUAGAUCAGAUGAAAAUACUUCAGUUGCUCCCCUUGUCGAGAAUUGCACGUUUGGUAUACUAGCAAAUCCUCAAAACUCGUCUUAA